AUGAAUAGUUUUCUUGCCUUCAUUUUAUUUCUGGUACCCAUGCAUGUUAGAGCUACCUGGAGUGCAAAAUACGCAGUAGACUGCCCUGAAUCUUGCAACAGCAAUGAAUGUAAAAACCCUCUGCACUGUAAGCGGAUGGUGCUGGAUGACUGUGGCUGCUGCAGGGUCUGUGCUGCAGCUUUGGGGGAGACUUGUUACCGGACCGUUGCAGGUAUGGAUGGUGUCAAAUGCGGCCCUGGACUGAAGUGCCAAUUUUUUUCCGAAGAGGAUGAUUUUGGUGAUGAGUUUGGUAUCUGCAAAGAGUGUCCUUAUGGCACGUAUGGGUUAGAAUGCCGAAGAACAUGCAAUUGUCCAUCUGGCAUAUGUGACAGAGUGACUGGGAAGUGUUUAAAGUUUUCAUUUUUCCAGCUGGCUGCCUCAAAACCUCCCAGCCGACGAAAAUUAAUUCCACAUGCAGAAAAUGACAUGGGAUCUGGUGAUGAUAAUUCUGUAAAAGAAGAUUUUGUCAAAGAAAAAGCCAUUCACUCUCCAAUAAUGAAAUGGCUAAACCCUCGCUGAUAUUAGCCUAUAUGGGUCGGACCUUUAAACCAAUGCUUUCUUCAAAUUUAUAAUUAAUAUUCAACAACCCACUUUAAAGACCAUAGAUCUCCAGCAAAGGAACUGGUAAUGUGUAAUAAAAUCCAAUCUGUAUAUCUUCAGGAAAAGAACAAACUUUCUGUAUGAGACUAUGUACAGUGUACAUGAUUUUUAGAACAUGUUUUGAUAAUUAUUUGAAUAGUAAAUGCAAGAUGGUAGUAGAUGCUUUUUGAAUUGUUGAAUGUAAACUACUGUUGGUUUUUUAAAAAAAUACAAGAAUUUAAAACCAGCACUCAUCUCAAGUCUGAAAGCCCUACACAAAAUAUUUGUUCAUCUAAAAACGGGAAAUGUACGGCAAUAAAAGUUAGGAAAUGCAAAGUUUAUAACUAAUAUCAUUGGCUAAAUUCAGUGGUUCACUUAAAUCAGUGGUGGGAAUCAUGCAGCCUUCCAGGUGUAGUUGGAUUGCAAGUCCCAGACAUCAUAAUCAGCAAAGUCAUUAAUGAGGAAUGCUAGGACUUGCAGUCCAACAGCAUCUGGAAGGUCCUUUGAGUCCUAUCCCUGAUUUAUAACAUUACAGUAUAGAGAACUGAUGAAUGUAAUAGAAGGGACUAAGAAAAGCCUUAAUUUUGAAGAUAAAAACUACAUUCCAAUGUGUCUUCACUCAGCAAUUAAUUGUACAAACUAAGUGGGACUUACAGGAUCAGGAUACAUGACACAAUCCAACACACUAUUCAUAUUUGCUUUUAGGUCAUUGCUACUAUGCUCAGUAGGCCAAACUCUUUAGUAAGUGGUCAAAGGAAUGUUCCUUAACCCAUUUGAAAAUGUAUCACUCUCCUUAAGCACAUUCAUUUCUGUGUCAAAUUAUGACUUAAAGAUAUGUUCAAAGAUAGACCGCUUCAAUCUCAACAACUACAGUGGGAUAUACAGGGACUGUAUGAAACUUCAGACUUCAGUUAACUUUUAAGAAGAAAGAAUAAAUUAAAGUGCAUCCUUUAUAUAUGAAACACCAGCAGUUUGUAAUACUUACUCAUCACCAGUUUAGCAAACACAAGUAGCUGUAGCCAUUUGUGUGUUGUGUAUGUGUGUGUGUGUGUGUGGGGGGGACAUUUUCAGACAAAAUGCAUCACGGCAGGUUUUGAUCAUUUCUUAAUAACCAUUGUGAAUAAUGCAUGCUUUUACCAGGCAGACUGAAGGGAUAUGGAAUUAAUGCAGCUUUGCCAAGGCCUCCGAAGGAAAUGGAAGAUGAAACUUUCCUUAUUUCUACAGUGUAGAUGUGUCCUAGAUGUUGCAGCUCUGCAUGAGUCCAGGGAUCACUACCAUUCAAGAAAAUUGUGACCUAUGUAGACACCAUGAGAGUGGGCUCCUUUGAAAAGGCGAAAAGAAAACAAUAUUCAGUCCAAAUCCAGUCAUUCCGACACAAACACAGAAAUUGCUCUUUAGCUCUGUCACUGUUCUCAGAUUGCCAAUCAUACACAGGUUAGGUUUCACUUAGCCAAAAUUCCAAAAUUGUCCCCAUGGAUGGUGGAGAUAGUGACAACCUUUGUUUUUUUGGUGGUUUAGUGUACACAAACUUUGUUUCAUGCACAAAAUUAUUUAAAAUAUUGUGCAUAAAAUUACUUUUAGGGUAUGUGUAUAAGGUGUAUAUGAAACAUAAAUUAAUUUUGUGUUUAGAUUUGGGUCACAUCGCCAAGAUAUCUCAUUACGUAUAUGCAAAUAUUCCAAGACUCAAAAAACUCAGAAAUCGAAAAUACUUCUGGCCCCAAGCAUUUUGGAUAAAGAGUACUCAACCUGUACAUUAAUUCUCUUCUGUUGAAAUUAUUGAGAUUUAAAAAGCUUUAUAAUAGUCUCCUUUUUGAUUGGAAUUCUUCACAGGUAACUAGAGUGUAAGCAUUAACAUUAGGAAUGGUUCUAUCUUUCAUAAUGUAUUUAUUGGAGUAAAAUCAAUUUCCCCCCUUGCCAGUAGCACCAGAAUUUAGGCCAGCUUGAAUAUCUGAACUGAGUUAGGAAUCUGAAGAGUUCACAGUGAGAGUGCCAGUACAACCAACAUUACAGAAGUGAAAACAAUUUCCCUGUUAAAUAAAUGGAUCAUCUGAAAACAAGUAAGAUUUGAUGCGCCUCCAGGAAAUUUUGAGUUGAAGAAAAGGGAGCAAGCCGCUAAUGUAGUUUGGCAGGCAGGAUGAGAGAGUUUAUUUAAAUAGCACUGUGAAUAUUUACAUGAAUUGAACUCUUUUGUUACUGUCCUUUGCCAAAUAUUCAUGACUAUGCUAGAUCCUUGAAUGUGCAUGUAAUAAACUAACUGUUAUUAUAAGAGAUUAUUGUUAUUAUUAUUAUUGCUCAAUAAAAUGGAGAAAAUCUA